AUGCGGGCUCAAUUCUUCGUCGCAGCACGUCUGCUUGGAGCAAGUAGUGGUCCUCAAGUUGGGGGCUGCACGCGACGGCCGCUGCAAGUGGAACGAACUUAUCCAGUAUGGGCGAAUAAGUUCCCCAUAGACCAUGCGCAGCCAAAGUUGGGCACGUGGCUUGAUAGCAAGCGGGCGAAAGGCUUGGGCGCGGGUUGCAAAAUCUGCCGGGCUGCUGGCUUCACCACGAGCCCUUUCGGUGCGUACGAAGUUAGACCAAACGGCGCCAUACAAGUUUGCAGUUUACAGAAGCACGCUCAGUGUGCCGAGCACAAGGCUGCCGUGGCAGCGUUCCUAGCUGGAAACCUUGAUGUUGCGGCGUAUUCAGUGAUGCGCCCGAAGUGGGACGAAUUCAAACAGGUUGCCGAUGACAUCGUUGCAGGCGGAAGUUUGGGCCAUGGGACUAUUGCGCGUCGGAGAAUCCUGCGGUGCUUGAAGGAGGCCUUGUGCGCUGAUGACAGAGAGGCUUUAAAGCCAGCUAGAGCGAUAUCUUUGUUUCGGGAUGAGCGAAAAGGUCGGCUGGCUGUGAGAUACCGAGCUGUAAAUCAGAAUUUGGAUGAGUUCAGUGGCACUUUGGGCCAGGAGAGAGACUUCGGAACUGGUGCCACCAAGAUUAUGGAAUCUACCUUCAGAAUCAUAGAGCGAAUGUGCACUAAGUUCAGUGACUCGCCGAGACUCUGUCGUGCAACCCCCGCGUCGAUGCCGAGCUUGAUGGCCCAUGUUCGGGAGAGUGUCAUGUGCAUCACCGUCGACUCAGCUGGAGAUGAACUUCUCGCGAGUGAAAUGAUGUGCAACCAAUCACUUGCUCAGACGGAAAGGGCGCUCACGCCAAACCUUAAGUUCGUGCUGCGCGACUCAGCGCACGCCUCCCGGCGCAUCAUUUCGCGACCCUGGAACGCAGACCCAUACUUGAGAGAUGUAGCGAUGAUGAUGGCGCAAGGCCGCAGUUCGGUCGCCAAGCUCGUGCAGAACAGCACCGAGACAUCGCGUGUGUUCGCUGGGUAUGUCAAGUCUUCACAGAGCUCCGUGGUUACAUCCGCGAUAAGGAACAUGCAAGCCGCAUCGCAUCGUUUUGAAUAUUGGCAAAAACCUCUUGGCCGCACUGCUCUCUUCAUGCAUGCGAGCAUCGAGACAGCGAUGUACGUGGCCAACCGCCCGGCCAAGGAUGAGAACACCGACAAGGCCAAAGCGUGGCUUGCAUGGGUGGACAGCGAACGAUGUUUAAUGCUUGCGAUGAUGGCAGACGUGGCUGACGAAGGGAUGUGCUUGACGAGACUGCUUGAUAAUGAAGACGUUGGCACCGCCUGUCUCAAUUCAGAAGUGCUCCUGUUCAUCAGAAAGGUCGAGGCAAUGUUUGGUGAGAGCGAGCGGUGCUUAACUAUUUUCGGUUACACUUCGGUCAUGAUGAACCUCCUCAACGAGUACGUGGUUUGGCACGUCAACGACGACUCUCGGAGCAUAGGUUUCGAGCGCGGUGUCCCUGGCGACAUUGUCAACAGGUGCAUGGAGAGGAUGAGGUCUUACGUGGUCCUGGCGCGCGCAGCACUGGCAGCUGAGUUUCCAAGUUUCGAGAUGAGCCAGGCCGCGGACAUCAAUCCAACUAGGCUGCAGGUUCAGUGGGAACAUGGGUUCCCGAGGGCUCGCCAACAACAGCAGAGAGGUUUGUCGAAUAAGGAAGCUUGGAGAUAUGUGAUACAGAAACUAGGGCAGCAGAGACUAGCGCUGCGGCACGACAUCGACGAUCUGAGAUCAGCUUUGGUUGCAUAUGUGGCCUUUGGAAUGAGCACGUCGGGGGUGGAGCAGAAGUUUAGCCUGGCUGCGCUCAAGUUUAACUGUCGCCAACUCUCCUCAGACGCGCGCAGCGAGGACAUGUUUCUCAAGAUCGCUCUGGACUUGCCCAAUCGUGACCUCAACAAAGUCAUUGACAGUGCCCGGCGGAUUUGGCUUGAGACCUGUGGGCGUCCUGUAGUGAGGAAGUUUCCGCGCGUCGACAAAGGGGUUAAGAGACCACGAACAGUGAUGAAGGAAGGCGAAGCCGAAUUCAUUCGUCAGCGCCGCAAGGCUGCGAGGCUCGCUGUUUCGGAUACAGUGGCUGGCGAUUCGACCAGGGAGGUCGGACCAGGCUCGAACUGGGGUGCCACGCACCAGAAGGAGCUCGACUUCUUGAAGAACAAGCAUAAUACCAAACGGUGCAUUGCAUACUCGGAGAACGUCCUCCUACCACAGGAAGUGACGCAUGCUGUUUGCGAAGACGCAGCCGCCAAACACAAGAAGCAACUUGCUGAUCAAUUGGCCAGGUCGCGUAAGACCGAGCGCGCGCGAUUGGCCGCGCUGGGCGCGCCAACGGCCAAGCUCCUAGAAGCUAUCAGGGGGAAGCCUGUUUUCGUGGAUAUACCUUGCAGGUCGCCAGGUGGCGGCCGCACUCAUCGCGCAUCGCCUGAAAUCAGUGCGGAUGCACGAGGCUGA